CCCACUUCUUAUUUUACCACCCUGCUUACAACUCUCCAGACAGCCCCUUCCACAGUGCUAUAAGAGGCGUCGUAUAUGAGUGCUUGUCUCUUUUGUCUUUUUCUGCAGCUCUAUCAUUCAGUGUUUGAUCGGACUUAUUUAGACAUAUCUCUAACAGCUAUACAACCUGCUGAAACAUGAGAUUACAGACUAUACUAGCUUUGGUUGUGGUGUUUGCCGGGACAAUUCAAGGCCACAUUUCUUUCACAGAAAUAGAGGCCACUUGUGAUGCUACGCAGGAUGUUUCAUGUGACGGGACUGUGGGACAGCCUUUGUAUCUACAGAUGAUCUCAAAAGAGAAAGCACAGAGAAUGCAACAAGAAUAUGAACUUAAAUUGAUUAAAAAAAACAAUAACGGUGAAUCCAGACUACUUCGAUCUAAGGAAAACUCACCGAUCGAGCCAAGAUGGACAUUUUGUCCAGACAACGGGACCUUGAUUAUAAACCCUGUGGAGUGGGCUGAUUUUGGAAUGUACAAAGUACAGAUCUACCUAACAAACGGGACCUCCGUGGCAAGUACCAACAUGACGCUGAUGAACGAAUCUGGUCAGAUUUCACGUUGGAAUGAGAACUUAAUUCGGAUACUGUGUUCCAUUGGAGUGGUCAUAAUUGCUGUGGUUAUUCUUCUGAACAGAGUUCAAUUCUGUCAACAAAGAGGUGUUGGUGAAGGAAUGACUGAGACUAACCCUGGUGUGUGCAUUCCCAUGGUAUCCCAGUCAGCUUCAGUGCAGAAUGAGCCGUGCCAUGUUCCACGAGACAUAAAUAAAUAA